AUGGCGACCAAGUACAUCAUAGGAUCUGUGGCCGCGUCUUUCCUGUUUGCUUACGCCUGUGAAGUGUAUGUUGCAGACAAGAAGCUCUUCGGAGGUGGGUUCGACAUUGAUAUCUCACAAACAGGGAGCUAAUGUGGGAUUAUUUUCUGAUAUAAUUGCCUUUUAAUUGGAGGGGAGGAGGGCUGUUCUAACCCGACACCAUGGAAAUCAACCAGGUAGCACCCCAAAGACUGUGGUCGACGAGGAGUGGUGGAAGGAGACAGACAAGAAGUUCCAAGCUUGGCCUCGCACAGCUGGGCCACCGGUGGUGAUGAACCCAAUUCGCCGCCAGAACUUCAUUGUCAAGUCGAACCCAGAUAAUUAG